AUGGAGAUGCUGCGUCAAAUUCAGUUGAAUAUUCCUUUGAUGGAUGCCUUAAGGGAGAUGCCAGGUUAUGCGAAGAUGAUGAAAGACCUAAUGUCAUGGAAGUUUGAUUUUCAUGACCUAUCCACAGUGACUCUAACGCAGACCUGCAGCGCAAUAGUGACCAAACCGAUGACUCAAAAGAUCAUAAAUUUGAUGCCUCUGGCUGUAUACACCAAACUGGGCAUUGGCAAAGCUAGACCGACUUCGAUGCUGCUGCAGCUAGCUGACCGCACGGUAGAUGAGGAGAUAACUAUCAUUUUAGGUAGGCCAUUUUUGGCCACUGGGAGAGCACUGAUCGAUUGUGAGACUAGGGAAUAA